UCCCCGCGGUUCCCGGUUAUAAAGUCUCCACCGACCCGCCGCACUCACUUUCUUCCACACCCCGAGGAUGCGGGUCAUGGCACCGGGAACCCUCCUCCUGCUACUCUCGGGGGCCCUGGCCCUGACCGAGACCUGGGCGGGCUCCCACUCCCUGAGGUAUUUCUACACCGCGGUGUCCCGGCCCGGCCGCGGGGAGCCCCGCUUCAUCGCCGUCGGCUACGUGGACGACACGCAGUUCGUGCGGUUCGACAGCGACGCCCCGAAUCCGAGGAUGGAGCCGCGGGCGCAGUGGGUGGAGCAGGAGGGGCCGGAGUAUUGGGAUCGGAACACGCGGAACCUCAAGGGCAGCGCACAGCUUUACCGAGAGAACCUGAACACCGCGCUCGAAUACUACAACCAGAGCGAGGCCGGGUCUCACACCCUCCAGCAGAUGUACGGCUGCUACGUGGGGCCGGACGGUCGCCUCCUCCACGGGUACAGACAGUACGCCUACGACGGCGCCGAUUACAUCGCCCUGAACGAGGACCUGCGCACCUGGACCGCGGCCGACGCGGCGGCUCAGAACACCAAGCGCAAGUGGGAGCGGGCCGGUGCUGCGGAGCGCCACAGAGCCUACCUGGACGGGGCAUGCGUGGAGUGGCUCCUCAGAUACUUGGAGGCCGGGAAGGACACGCUGCAGCGCGCAGACCCUCCAAAGACACACGUGACCCAUCACCCCAUCUCUGACCGUGAGGUCACCCUGAGGUGCUGGGCCCUGGGCUUCUACCCUAAGGAGAUCUCACUGACCUGGCAGCGUGAUGGGGAGGAUCAGACCCAGGACAUGGAGCUUGUGGAGACCAGGCCUUCAGGGGACGGAACCUUCCAGAAGUGGGUGGCCCUGGUGGUGCCUUCUGGAGAGGAGCAGAGAUACACGUGCCAUGUGCAGCACGAGGGGCUUCAGGAGCCCCUCACCCUGAGAUGGGACCCUCCUCAGCCCACCGUCCUCAACAUGUCCGUCAUUGUUGGCCUGGUUCUCUUGGUGGUCACUGGAGCCGUGGUGGCUGGAGCUGUGAUCUGGAGGAAGAAGCACUCAGGUGAAAAAGGAGGAAGCUAUGCUCAGGCUGCAAGCAGUGACAGUGCCCAGGGCUCUGAUGUGUCUCUCACGGAUCCUAAAGGUAAGACCCUGGAGGACCUAGAUUGGGAGAGGUGUUGGGGUCGAGGGGAUGCCCCGGGUGGUGGGGAUCUUUGA